CUCUGAGAAUGAAUCUAUCUAGUGACAGGGUCUAUGUGUACUUUUUCAUUAUUGUUUUGUCUUAAGCAAAGAUUUUGUACUAUUAAGAGGCCAAUCAACUAUAAGAUGAAAGAAUUUGGAUUGCAUUACCAAAUUAAAUAAGUUAAUGUUGUCAGUUCUAACCAAAGAGGUCAUUCAAAUUGCACCCGAAAUAGAUAUUGCUUUUGGGAGAGGAAGGAAUUGGGAAGGCACUUGCAUUAUGUUUCUGAUGUCAUACAAAUGGUUUUAGUUUUAAAUUUUUGUUUACAGAAAGAUGAACAUAAUCAUGCAAUUGUUGUUAUUAGGAGCCAAUAUUUGCAUGCUUUUCUUGCCUCUUCAUAUCUUAAACAUUAGCCCCUUUCACCACUUUAAAGUUACCCUUCAAUGCAUAUUGCAUCACCAUUACAUAAUUCACUCUGCAUUUCUGCUUUUUCUUCUGUCUCUCUUUUCACAAAAAAUGGGAAGGCCUCCUUGUUGUGACAAAUCCAAUGUGAAAAGGGGUCUUUGGACUCCUGAGGAAGAUGCUAAAAUACUUGCCUAUGUAGCCAAUCAUGGAACUGGAAACUGGACAUUGGUUCCAAAGAAAGCAGGUCUGAAUAGGUGUGGUAAAAGUUGCAGACUAAGAUGGACCAACUAUCUAAGACCUGACCUCAAGCAUGAUAGUUUUACUCCCCAAGAAGAAGAGCUCAUUAUUAACCUUCAUGGCGCCAUAGGAAGCAGAUGGUCUUUAAUUGCAAGAAGAUUACCUGGGAGAACUGACAAUGAUGUGAAGAACUACUGGAACACAAAGCUAAGGAAGAAGCUUAUGAAGAUGGGAAUUGAUCCAGUGACUCAUAAACCAGUAUCACAAGUCCUCUCUGAUUUGGGAAGCAUCAGUGGCUUCCCAAACACCACCACCACUAACCAAAUGGCUUAUGUUAACAAGGAUUUGAUGAAGAACAACAUGGCACCAACCAAAACUGAACCAUCAGGUUCCAAUAAGUCAGUGGUGGAGAACACACAAGAGGGUCAAGUUCACUCAUGGCAACACCACAUUCCUUACCAAGUCCUCACCACAGAAAAUGUGCAAUCUCAAGUCUUCAGUGAAACUGCAUCCUCCACCUCAUCCUCAUCUUCUUCCAACCUCACCCAGUUAGGCUCACCACAGUCCUACUCUUGCCAAACCCCUCAGGCUCAAACUGCCCCUCAUUGUUCCUCCUUUGAUUGGAGUGAGUUUCUUCACAGUGACUCAUUUGUGUGGUCACUGAACCCCUCAAGUCUGGUGCAAAGUGAAGCUGAUCUUUCCAUCAAUGCCAAAACCAAUGGCCAUGACAAACAAGGAGUUGCAGCAGUUGAGGGUUGUUGUGGUGGAAGCAUGGAAUAUCAAAUUAAAAAGCAAUGUGAAGGUCAUUCAUUUGUAGAUGGUAUUCUGGACAGGGAUAGUGAGUUAAGAGCAGCAUUUCCAGAACUUUUGGAUGCUUCUUUUGACUACUAAGUGUCUUUUUCUGCUUAUUGGUGAUUAGCAGGGUUAUUAAGCUCAGCACUCUCACAUCACUAGGAUGUAGCAAAAAGUUAAACCAUUCAUUAUGUUUUUCCAGUUACAGAUUUUGUUAUGAUUUACCAUUUUGCAAUGCUUCUUAUACAUGAUUUAGCUCUUGUUAA